CAGAGGAAGAGGAGGCAGAAAAUGGCGGACGGUGUCGACCACAUCGAUAUUUACGCAGAUGUGGAAGAGGAGUUUAAUCAGGAAUCCGAUUAUCCUGUUCAUGAGCAGAUUGACCUGUAUGAUGAUGUCAUCUCGCCAUCUGCCAAUAAUGGGGACGCUCCCGAGGACCGCGAUUACUUGGAUAACCUCCCUACUCCUGGGAACGCAGAGAGUACCAAAGGGGCUCCACCAAAUGUCGUCUACACCUACACUGGAAAAAGGAUCGCUCUGUACAUUGGCAACCUCACAUGGUGGACCACAGAUGAGGAUUUGACUGAUGCCAUCCGCUCGAUAGGCAUCAAUGAUGUGCUGGAGCUCAAGUUUUUUGAAAACCGAGCAAACGGGCAGUCUAAAGGGUUUGCUCUGGUCUGUGUGGGUUCGGAUGCGUCUUCGAGGAAGCUGAUGGAUCUGUUGUCUAAACGGGAGCUACACGGACAGAACCCAAUCGUCACCCCUUGCAACAAACAAUCGCUCAGUCAGUUUGAGUUGCAGUCACGAAAAAGCACACAGUCAGGGCAGAUGUCAGGAGAGGGGAAGGCCGGGCCACCAGGGAUACGCGGUGGCUUCCCUCCUGGCAGGGGUCGAGGGCGUUUUCCUGGCCCACCUGGUCCAGGAGGAGACUGUUUCCCAGGGCAGCUUGGACCUGGCGGACCACCACCACACUUUCCAGGGAUGCAAGGACCGCCCCGUCCUCCAGGUGGAGGUCCACCUGGGCCUCCAGGACCCCCUGGCCCCCCUCGACCUGGUCAAGGUCUGCUUCCUCCCCUUGGCGGACCUCCAAACAGAGGAGAUCGCCCUCCUCCUCCUCCUGUUAUGUUUCCUGGUCAGUUUGGUCAACCUCCUAUGGGUCCAAUGCCUCCUGGCCCUCCCCCACCUGGAUUUGGCCCUCCUCCUGGGCCUCCUCCCCCUCAACAGGGCCCACCCCCUCCGGGACCCUUCCCUCCCCGCCCUCCUGGUCCCUUAGGACCCCCUCUUGGCCUCGCACCACCCCCGCAUAUGCAGGGACCCCCGCCUGGAGGGCCCCCACCAGCCCCUCAUGUCAAUCCAGCCUUUUUCCCACCACCCGGAAACAACAACAUGCCAUCGAACGACAGCAGGGGCCCACCACCCGGCGACCCGUACGGGCGCCCACCUCCAUAUGACCGCGAUUAUGGCCCUGGCGGCAGUAACUUCAGACGCCCUGUAGUACGUGGGUUUGAGCCCUGGAUUAACGAGGGGCUGGUUGAUGUGAAAAACUCUGGCCAGCAUUUGCACAAUACAAGUGAUCAAGGGGACAUGGACGCAUCUCGCACUCCUCUGAGUGAAGCGGAGUUUGAGGAGAUCAUGAAUCGCAACCGAGCGAUCUCCAGCAGUGCCAUUUCCAGGGCUGUGUCGGAUGCUAGUGCAGCUGAUUAUGGAAGUGCUAUAGAGACUCUCGUGACGGCCAUUUCUCUGAUCAAGCAGUCGAAGGUUUCAGCUGAUGACCGCUGUAAAGUUCUUAUCAGCUCACUGCAGGACUGUCUACAUGGAAUCGAGUCAAAAUCCUACGGGUCUGUAUCAAGCAGACGUGAAAGGUCGAGGGAGCGGGACCACAGUCGCUCUCGUGAGAAGAGCCAUCGGCACAAAUCUCGCAGCCGAGACCGUCACGAAGACUAUUACAGGGAGCGAAGCCGCGAAAGGGACCGCCAUCGUGACCGCGACCGCGAACGUGAGAGAGACCGCGAGAGAGACAGAGAGCGUGGAAGGGAAUAUCGCCACCAUUAGUACGAGAGGAAGCUGAACGCAAGAGGAGGAGGAGAGACAGACAACCGGAGCGCCGUGGAUUCAUCCGACCGCUUCCCUCAUCACAAGACACCUGGACUCCGGCUUCACUCUGCAGCGCUACACGAGUUCUGUAAAAUAUAUGAUAUACUCGCUCUUAAUUCCCAACUGCUUUUUAUUUUUGACUUUUUAUUUGAAAGUAGCUGUGUGCUAAAAGUAAGUGCAGCUUAUUGAUGAAAAUGACUUGCCUGCUCAGUUCAAAACACAGAAAACUUCUUUCCGACUGCUAUAAUGUGUACAUUGUCAGUAAGCUAGAUUUGUUUUUAUAGGACGUUUUUGGUUUCAUGUUUUCUCCCUUUUUUCCCCCCUCGUCCAUUAUAAUGUUUGUAAGUGUCUUUUGCCUUGAUUAUUAAAUAGAAUCUGUGUUGUAAUAAAGUGUGUUUUGGGGUUGAUGCUUGUUCAAACUCGAUUUCUUAAUCUGCAUUGUUUGUUUUUCGGUAGACAUUUGAUCAAAACAAUGUUUUGGGAUGAUCACUGAGUCACGACUCUUCGGUUUUUGUUUAUCGGUCAUAAAUACGCACAUUUUUACCAGCUAAAUUCUAGAUAGGUACAUUUCCUGAAGAAAAUGUGAGUGGUGUUUGGCGUGGCAAAACUCGUCAAAUAGCAUGUUGUAAGUUGUUAAGCAGUAAAAUGAUGGUCCUAGAAUGUUGCUAGCAUGUGUUUUUCAUGAUGAUUUAAGCAUGUUUCAGCACUUAGCUAGGCGAUGCUAACAUGUGUUAGCAUGAUGCUAACAUGUUUUUGGCAUGUUUUAACCCUUCGCUAGGGGAUGCUAGCAUGUUUUAACACUUCGCUAGAGGAUGUUAACAUGAUGUUGGCACAUUUUUAACAUGUUUCAAUACUUUGCUAGGCGAUGCUAGCAUGUGUUAGCAUGAUGCUAGCACGUUUUUAGCAUGUUUUAACCCUUCGCUAGGGAAUGCUAGCAUGUUUUAACACUUAACUAUAGGAUGUUAACAUGAUGUUAGCACAUUUUUAACAUGUUUCAGUACUUUGCUAGGCGAUGCUAACAUGUGUUAGCAUGUUUUAGCACUUCGCUAGGCGAUGUUAGCAUGAUGCUAGCACGUUUUAAGCAUGUUUUAUUACAGUAUUGUCACUAAUUUGGUGCUUUUUUAUUUAUUUUAAUCAGUCACAAUUUUGCCACUUUACAUUUAAAAAGGGGGAAACUUUGCCAAGAAAAUGAGCUCAUUCCGAAGAUUAUCAGGAAAAUCCUUGUCGAGUUUAACCAUCUUUUUUAAAAACUAAAAUAGGCUGCUAAAUUUAUUCUCCAAACAUAAUAUAACAAAGAUGUUGUAGUUUCAGGCCUUUAAUAUUUUCCCCCUUUGUUUUGAAAAUGUAAUUUGAUCAGUUUUAAAAUCUUGUGCAUUUGUAAUUUUGGAUUUUAACAUGUCUAAUGUGUCUGACACUUUGCCCCGUUGAAACGGGUUUCAUCUUGCCUUGUGAACAUACUUGGUUUGUGUACAUACAGGCCAAAUGAUGAUCUCUUGAUCUGGUUAAAGACUACUCGAUUUAUUAUUCAUUGUAAGUCUUUAAGCGUGCAUUGAUGGCAAAGCUUAACUUCUCCCAGUAAUAAGAAUGUAAUCGUCAAUUUUAAAAGGGUUAAUCUUAAAAUCUAUUUAAAUUGGUACAUGGAUAUGGCUCACAAAGUGUGUACGUGUCAAAAGUAGUGUUUUACUGCAUUUAUGAACUGUCGAAUGUAUACAACAGAGUGUGUGUGUAUGUGUGUAUAUAUAUAUAUAUAUUACUCAAUUACUUCAUUUUCAAUACUUGAAUCGGUUCCAGGAGAUUUAACAAGUGUGCUUGAGCUAAUGUGCAUUUGGUCCAUUUUAUCUGUUUACACAAGAUUCAGUGUAAAUUCAAUUCCACCACAUUGUGUGAUUGGUUUCAGGGGAUUCACAUGACUAGUUUAAGGUUAUUUUUCAGAGUGAUGCCGUUCUCUGACUACUGUUGGAAUAUUUAUAGUGGUUUAUGCAUCCAGUUAAUCUGCUUUUGACAUGGAAAAGCUGCACAGUGUGUCCCAUCUUCAUACUCUGAAGCAUCUGGAUUAAGAGGUAAGUUGAUUUUGCCUUGAUGACAUUUCUAAAAUGGCUUUGAAAGUGUUUUUCUAGUUGUCCCAAUCGUUGCAUCUCCAUUACUUAGUUGAAUUCCUCCUUGCAUUACAAAUUAACUGUCUUGAGCUUCAGUUUCAUGAUAUUUUCAGUUUGUAAUGGGUAGGAUUAUUUGCACGUGUGUGUAUAUAUAUAUAUGUAUAUAUAUAUAUAUUUAAAGUGGUUUAAUCCACACAUUUAAAGCCCAGCAUAUGAAAUGCAUGCUCAAUAUGGGCUGCCAAAUGUAUCAUCUAAAAUAUAUAUUCAGAGUUAAAUGACAAUUUUGCCUUUUUUUUUUUUUUUUUU